AAUGUCUGCAAAGGCGGAAGGCAGGCGGUACGAGGCGUUGUGGUUAGAUCUUUCUCGAGUUGAACAGAACAGCAGUAUAGAAUAAAACAAUAAUAAAACAAAACCUGAAAUCUUAGACUUAAAGCUUACGAUUUGAAUAUGGAUACGAAAGAAGAGCCUGUUGUAAAACGGUCGAGUACGGAUCAGCGGAAGGUGCGAUCCCGGGAUGCGGCGCGCUGCAGGCGGAGUCUGGAGACGGAGCUGUUUUACAAGUUGGCUCACACCCUGCCCCUCCCCCGCAGAGUCUCCGCCGACCUGGACAAGGCCGCCAUCAUGAGGGUGACGCUCAGCUUCCUUCGCAUGCACCACCUCCGCUCAGAGGAUACGAGUGAGGAGCGCGUCACAGAUGGAGACGAGGACACGGUGGAUGGGUUUUACCCCCGGGCGUUGGCAGGCUUCAUCCUGGUGAUGACCGAGGAGGGGGAUAUGAUUUACCUGGGUGACAGCGUCAGCGAACACCUGGGCAUCCCACAGCUGGAGUUGCUGGGUCAGAGUGUGUAUGACUUUGUCCACCCAUGUGACCAAGAGGAGCUACGGGAUCUCCUGGCACCUAGGCCAGGUGUGUCCAAGAAGAAACCAGUGCAGCAACACACAGAGAUGAACUUCUUCCUUAGGAUGAAGAGCACUCUGACUAGUAGAGGGCGCACUGUCAACAUAAAGUCUGCCACCUGGAAGGUGCUGCACUGUACAGGCCACAUGCGCGUGUGCUGCAGUGGCGAGGAUUCGUCACCUCCUGCAGGCAGCUUCAUGACAGUGCUGUGUGAGCCCAUCCCCCAUCCGUCUAGUGUGGAGUUCCCCCUGGACCGGAGCACGUUCCUCACUCGACACAGCAUGGACCUGCGCUUCACACACUGCGAUGGCAGGGUGUCAGAGCUAGUGGGAUACGAGCCAGAAGAUCUGAUUGGCAAAUCUGCUUACAAAUUCCAUCAUGCCCUGGACUCAGAUCAUGUGACCAAGAGCCUGCACAUCCUUCUGUCCAAAGGCCAGGUGUGCACCAGUCUAUACCGUUUCCUGGCUAAGAGUGGGGGCUUCGUGUGGGCAGAGACCCAGGCUACAGUCAUCUACAACAACAAGACCUCUCAACCAGAGGCUGUGGUCUGUCUUAACUUUAUCCUCAGUGUGGUGGAGCAGGCAGAUGUGGUGUUCUCAGUAGAGCAGAGUGGCUGUGGGCUGACGAGUGAUCCUGUCUCUGACGCCUCCGAGGAGACCUUGUGUGACAGUGACAGCAGCAGCAAUUCCGAGCUUUCUCUCCAGCUGAAGGAGAACCCAGAGGACCUCCUCCAACUGGCCCCUGUCUCAGGAGACCCCAUCGUACCACUAACAGACUUUGCGGAGCUGUCGUUCGGCCUUCCAUCAAGCCCUGACUCCGCCCCAGAUUUCCCUCAGGAACUGUGCACCCCUGAGCUGUGGACGCUCCUCUCACCCAUAUUGGGCAAGCUCACCUCAUCACCACCAGCACCAGCGUUGAUCCCCAUUGAGGAGCUGCCAAUAGAGGACCAGGUGGAGAAGUUGUUUGCCGUCUGUCCAGAUGAGAGCGUGCAGAAUAAAAACCAGCCUGAGGACGUGGAAGUUGUUGAUCUGGACAUGCUGGCUCCGUAUAUCUCCAUGGAUGAUGAUUUCCUGCUCAGCGUCCAGCUCCCUGAGACCUCUGACAGCCCCUCCCCAGAGCCCCCCGCUGCUACCAGGAAACGGAGUCAUGAGCAGGAUGAAGACAUGCCCUCCCAGCUGAUGAGUCAGGACAAGAGACCGAGACACUUGGUGUCCCCCAUCCAGCACAAACUGCUUCUCAGCUACGCCCUGCUGGACUGCCUGGAGGAUGCAGACAACACAGAGUUAGAGCUGGGGCCAAUCCCCCACAGGCGGAGCCAACUGCUGACGGACAGAGACCCCAUCCUCGGUGAAGCCCAGGGACUAUGUGACACUGCAGGUACAAACACACAUCAUGCCUUGAUGAGGGACCUCUUCUUGUCCCGCCCACCUGACCCCCUGACCUCCUCUCUGACUUGAGGAAGCAGCUGCCAAUCUUCCCCUGCCAGCUGGGGAGUGCUGCGAUCACGGAGCCUCAACAGGAUUCACACACUCCCCAACCAAACGCCAGCACCUCCAACUCAGAUACUUCCUCAUGCUUGCCAGCCCAUGUUCACAACAACAGCCUGCUAUGGUUUUCCUUCUUUUCUCUCUGAACUACUCUUUCAUGUCUCAGAGUAGGUGGCAGUACUUGGUUCAGCCCCCCCCCCCCCCCCUUCAGGGUUGAUAAGUGUUCUCCUCUAUUCUUGUGAACACUUGUAGACUUUAGUCUAAACACUACACUUGACCCCAUGGUGCUUCCGAGGUCAGAACAGACAAAAAAAACAUACGUCCAGUAAGUCUGGCAAAGUGGUGUUUUAGGACACAGUGAUGACCCUUCAGUUGGUCUACUGUUGUUUAGUACGGUAUGUGGACCUGGCAGUCUGUACAGGACAUUUAGGUUUAUUAUUAUUAUUUUGUAACAAACGCACAACGGUUAUAAUAUAUUCCAAUAAUACCUCAGAACAAUCGUCAGUGGCAUAUAUGGGUCAUUUUUAUAAGAAAAGAUCAAAUGAAUUACUAUCAACACAAGCCAUUGCUAUUGACCAGUUGGAUGCAGUACUCAGGCAGUUGUUACCUCAACAAAUAAUCUGUCACAAACUCGACUGUCAAUCAAGGGCUCUUUGACUGCCAUCUCUUUCCAACCAAACGGACAAAUUAUUUCAGAGGCAUAUUCUUUUUUUAUAUACUUUACAUGCUAGACUUUAGAACAAUUUGAUGUAUUAAAUGAAUGUUAUGUAUGCUCGCUUAUAGACUACUAUUGUAUAAACCGCAAUGUUUUCGUUGUUUUUAUCAUGUGUUUCUAGGUGGCUCCAGAGGAUCACCUUGUCAUAUUUAAUCAGUAAUUAUUUCUUUUCGGGAUAUGGUUGCUAUUUUGCAAAUCCAGUGGAUGAAUAUCUGAUAUACGCCUUUUGCGCAUUCAUUUCACACCAAGUAGAAAUGAUUACUUAACACCUUAUCAAAUUACUCCCCCGUUGUCUUUAUUAUGAAUCCUUAGGAAAGAGAUAAAAGAUUACUGGUUUGAAGCACACAGGAUUUAUUUUAGUUGCAUGAUUAUAAGAUUGCAUUUGCAAUAAAUAUAUUAUCCUAUGGUGGCUUCAUCUCAAUGUAUUAGUUCCAUUUAGACAUUUGCCUUUUAUCAUAUAACUUUCAUUUUCAAAGACUAGUGUUUGUAUGUAUUAUUGACCGAAUAAACUGAUAGACAAAUUCA